CCCAGUUUCCAACCCUGGACCACGCAUCCCGAGCCCUGCGCCCAGACGGAGUCUGUCUGUCUUGGGUCUCUUUGUACUCUCCCACAUAUUAGAAAUAUCUCCCUUUCUUGAGGUUGGCAUGAAGAGGCUGUUGGGACGGCCAGCUGGAGGUCUGCGUGGUAGACGGAACUCCAGUGUCCCUCGUUCUUCCCCGAGAUACCAUGUUCAACUCCAUGACUCCAUCCCAAGUCAAUAGCUAUGGUGAGCCAUGCUGUCUCCGACCCCUCCCCAGCCAAGGGGUCCCCAGCAUGGGGACAGAAGGAUUUUCUGGUUUGCCCUUUUGCCACCAAGCCAACUUUAUGUCAGGGCCCCAGGGUUAUGGGUCUGCCAGAGAGACCAGCAGCUGUACUGAGGGGCCACUCUUUCCUCCUUCCCGGAGUUCAGUCAAACUGACAAAGAAGCGGGCGCUCUCCCUCUCACCUCUGUCUGACGCCAGCCUGGAUCUACAAACAGUUAUUCGUACCUCGCCCAGCUCCCUUGUGGCAUUCAUCAACGCCCGCUGCACAUCCCCUGGAGGUUCCUAUGGCCACCUCUCCAUUGGCACCAUGAGCCCAUCUCUAGGAUUCCCACCCCAGAUGAGCCACCAAAAAGGGACUUCGCCUUCCUACGGUGUCCAGCCCUGUGUUCCACAUGAUUCCACUCGGGGUGCGAUGAUGCUGCGUCCUCAGUCCCGAGGACCACGUCCGACCUGCCAGCUGAAGUCAGAGCUGGACAUGCUGGUGGGCAAGUGCCCAGAGGAGCCUCUGGAAGGUGACAUGUCCAGCCCCAACUCCACAGGCACACAGGAUCCCCUGCUGGGGAUGCUGGAUGGGCGGGAGGACCUGGAGGAGAAACCUGAGCCUGAGUCCGUGUAUGAGACUGAUUGCCGCUGGGAUGGCUGCAGCCAGGAGUUUGAUUCCCAGGAGCAGCUGGUGCACCAUAUCAACAGCGAACACAUCCAUGGGGAGCGGAAGGAGUUCGUGUGCCACUGGGGGGGCUGCUCCAGGGAGCUGAGGCCUUUCAAAGCGCAGUACAUGCUGGUGGUGCACAUGCGCAGACACACGGGCGAGAAGCCGCACAAAUGCACGUUUGAAGGGUGUCGGAAGUCGUACUCACGUCUUGAAAACCUGAAGACUCAUCUUCGGUCACACACGGGUGAGAAGCCGUACAUGUGUGAACAUGAAGGCUGCAGCAAGGCCUUCAGCAAUGCCAGCGACCGCGCCAAGCACCAGAAUCGGACGCACUCCAAUGAGAAGCCAUAUGUGUGCAAGCUCCCUGGCUGCACCAAGCGCUACACAGAUCCCAGCUCACUCCGCAAACACGUCAAGACAGUGCAUGGUCCUGAUGCCCACGUGACCAAGCGGCAUCGAGGGGACGGCCCGUUGCCACGGGCACCGUCCCUUUCCACAGUGGAACCCAAGCGGGAAAGGGAAGGAGGACCCAUAAGGGAAGAGAGCAGACUGACCGUGCCCGAGGGUGCCAUGAAACCGCAGCAGAGCCCUGGAGCACAAUCCUCCUGCAGCAGUGACCACUCCCCAGCGGGCAGUGCAGCCAAUACUGACAGCGGUGUGGAAAUGACCGGCACUGCGGGGGGCAGCACUGAGGACCUGUCCAGCCUGGAUGAAGGGCCUUCUGUUGCCGGCACUGGACUGUCCACACUUCACCGCCUGGAGAACCUCAGGCUGGAUCAGCUGCAUCAGCUCCGGCCAAUAGGGUCCCGGGGUCUCAAACUGCCCAGCUUAACCCAUGCUGGCACAACCAUGUCUCGCCGGCUGGGCCCCCCGGGCUCCCUUGACCACCGCAGCAGCAGCUCCAGCAGCGUCAGCUCUGCCUACACAGUCAGCCGCCGCUCCUCUCUGGCCUCCCCUUUCCCACCGGGAUCCCCACCGGAGAAUGGCGCGUCGUCCCUUCCUGGUCUCACACCUGCCCAGCACUACAUGCUCCGUUCAAGAUACGUGUCAGCCAGAGGGAGUGGCACCCCACCUACUGCAGCACACAGCCUGGAUCGGAUGGGGGGUCUUUCUGGACCUCCCUGGAGAAGCCGAGCUGAGUACCCAGGAUACAACCCCAAUGCAGGGGUCACCCGGAGAGCCAGUGACCCAGCCCGGGCUGUUGACCAUCCUGCUCCAGCCAGAGUCCAGCGGUUCAAGAGCUUGGGAUGUGUCCACACGCCCCCUAGUGGAACAACUGGGCGUAACUUCGAUCCCCACCUCCCUACCUCUGUGUAUUCACCACAGCCCCCCAGCAUCACCGAAAAUGUUGCUAUGGAUACCAGAGGGCUACAGGAGGAGCCAGAGGUUGGAACUUCCAUGAUGGGCAAUGGUCUGAAUCCAUACAUGGACUUUUCAUCUGCAGAUACUUUGGGAUAUGGGGGACCUGAGGGAACGGCGGCUGAGCCCUACGGAGCUAGGGGCCCAGGUCCACUGACCAACUAUGGCCCUAGCCACUGUCCUCAGCAGGUCUCCUAUCCUGACCCCACCCCAGAAUCAUGGACUGAGUUCCCUUCCCAUUCUGGAAUGUGCCCUGGCACUAAGGCUCCAAAUGAAGCCUAUAGCCAGUGUCCUCCUCGACUUGAACAUUAUGGACAAGUGCAGGUAAAACCAGAACAAGGGUGCCCGGUGGGGUCUAACUCCCCUGGACUGGCACCCUGCCUCAACGCCCACCCCAGUGGGGGGUCCCCAGGUUCACAACCUCCAUUUUCCCAUUAUCCCCAACCCCCUCCUCCCCAGUAUCCCCAGUCGGGUCCCUACCCUCGGUCUCCCCAUGAUUAUCUUCCAUCAGAACACAGGCCUGGCCUCGAUUUUGACUCCCUCUCUCACCCCACGGGACAGCUCAAAGCUCAGCUUGUGUGUAGUUACGUUCAGUCGCAGCAGGAACUGCUGUGGGAGGACAAGGGCCGGGGAGGGCUCCCCACCCAGGAACUUCCAUAUCAGAGCUCCAAGUUUCUGGGGGGUUCCCAAGCUAAUCAGAGCCCUGCCAAAGGGCCAGCAGCUAUGUACGGAUCAGGCUUUGCACCUACCCUGGCCAAUCACAAGCCAGGCUCCUUUCCUACCCCCUCACCAUGCAAUGAGACUUUUGGAGUUGGGGUAAACAGGCCUUCCCAUAGGCCAGCAGCAGCAGCACCACCCCGGCUUCUGCCCCCACUGCCCUCUUGCUAUGGAUCCCUCAAGGUGGGGGGCACCAACCCCAGCUGUGGCCAUCCUGAAGUGGGCAGGUUGGGAGCAGGUCCUGCCUUGUACCCUCCCCCUGAAGGACAGAUGUCCAACCCUCUGGACUCUCUUGACCUGGACAGCACUCAGCUGGACUUCGUGGCUAUUCUGGAUGAGGCCCAGGGGCUGAGUCCUCCUCCUUCCCAUGAGCAAGGGGACAGCUCUAAAAAUACCCCAUCUCCCUCUGGGCCCCCCAACAUGGCAGUGGGUAACAUGAGUGUGUUACUGGGGUCUCUGCCUGGAGAGACACAAUUCCUCAACUCCAGUGCCUAGAAGGAUAAGGCAUC